CAACAAAUAAAGAUUAUAUUAUUGGCAACGGAGGAAUUCAAAGUCUUGAAAGGUGUUUGAGACUUGACGAAGAAAAUAUUGUAUUAUCUGUAAUUACAACGUUUAUGUAUUUAUAUACUGCAGAAAUAAAAACAGGUUUCUAAACAAUGAAAUUACCAGUUCGAUUUGUUCGUUUCUUUUCCACUUCACUUCUUCAUAAACCAAAAUUAGAACUUCUCAAUAACCGAUGCUUACUUAAAAUGAAAGGUGAAGCUCUUCUUGAAUAUUGUCAAGGAUUAAUGACUAAUGAUAUUUUGCAACUAGAAACAAAAAAUUCUUUGUAUACAAUGUUAUUAAAUUCCAAAGGAAGAGUUUUGUACGAUUGUUUUUUAUAUAAAAUAGAUAAUUUCAUAUUACUAGAGUGUGAUAGUAGUAUCGCAAAUAACUUACAAAAACAUUUGAAAAUGUUUAUGCUAAGAAAGAAAAUUGAGAUUGAUGUCUUACAUAAUGCUUUUGUAUGGGUUUUGUUUUGUUCUACACCUAUAAAUAUACCUCUUGAUUCUCAAAACACAUUUGAUGAUCCUCGUUUACCAUUUUUGGGCAAAAGAAUAAUAUCUGAUAGAUACUUUAAUAUGGAUGAUAAAUUAUUACUAGAUAAUCAAGACAACACAUUUUCUUAUCAAAAAUGGAGGUAUACUAAUGGUGUUGCUGAGGGUUUAGAAUUACUUAAUGGAAUAUCAUUACCCUUGGAGAUGAACUGUGAUUAUUUGAAUGGUGUUAGUUUUGAUAAAGGUUGUUAUAUUGGUCAAGAAUUAACAGCAAGAACACAUCACACUGGUGUAAUAAGAAAACGAAUAAUGCCAAUUGUUUUUAAAAAUGCUCCUCAUAAAUUAAAUAUAGAUGCUGAUAUUUACGAUAAUGAUGGUAUAAAACCCAAGAAACCAUUGGGUAGACUAAGAGGUAUUUGUGAAAAUAUUGGCAUAGCACUUUUAAGAAUUGAUGAGUGUUUAAAAUCAAAGAAUUUGGUUGCUGAUGGACAUGAUUUCAAAACGUUUAUACCUAGCUGGUGGAAAUCUUAGAAUUUUAUAAAUUUUCUUUGAAAACAAAUAUUUAUAGUAUUACAAAAAUUAUUAGAAAUUGUAUUAGAAUGUUGUAGAUUACUUGUGAUAAACUGCAUUUUUGCUUUUAUUUAUUUGUUUGAGCAUUAAUUAUGGCAAAAAAAUAUUUCUAUAUUCAAUCAAAAUUUAAAUGUUAUUGUUUACAAUUCAUUUUAUUAUAGUACUAUCUUUGAGGCUUACAAAAAUAAUUUGAACAAUAAAA